AUGCCAAAUGGUGAAUUUAGUGGUAGAGAAAAGGGCAGUGUUGUCAGCAAAGACAUCCCCGCUCCAACUUCCAGCGAGGCAGAGAGCACAGAAACAGACAACUCCGUCACAGUGAGUGACGCCGACCACACUGCCCCCACAUCCACACCUCAAUCAGGGACCAACACCGAAGGGGCACCCAACGCUGAUGCCGGCACGUCCACCUCUGCGGGAGAGGGCGUGAAGCUUCCUGACCGCAACACCGACGCCAGCAGCAGCAGCACUGCGUGGGUGCGUNUGACGCCGAUCACACUGCCCCCACAGCCACACCUCAAUCAGGGACCACCGCCGAAGGGGCUCCCAACACUGAUGCCGGUACGCCCACCUCUGCGGGAGAGGACAUGA